CUAAUUUCAACAAGGGAAUGAGUGAUUUAUGUUUGAUGCUUUUACAAGGUAUUAAAAAGUAAUACUCAUGACCUUUUUUCUUUUUUGGGUAAAUUAAUUAAAAAAGUUCUGCAACUAUAUACAAAUUCCAUCGGGCAAAAAAAUAUCUAUGACCCGAACACACUUUUUGCAGUUUGCAGUCAUACAGUGCUCUUGCCGUUAACUAGAUAAGCCUCCGCAGACCACCGCCACCGCCGCCGUCUUUCUCAUGGCGCAUCCAUGCUUCUCCUCUUCUCUUAAUUUCAACUCAACCUCGCUUUCUCUCUCCUCUCCGAACCCUAGCUCAUCGCCUUCUUCAUCCCUCAAGACAUUCUCAUUCCCGUCCCAAACCCUCCGUUCAGGGUAUGGAUUUUCUAGCAAAACGAAGCAAUCGGACCUCAAGUGUUCUUCCGUGAAAGCUUCGCACGCGCCGGAGUCUUACGCUCCGGCAAGGAGCUCGCGAAAUGGUGUUUGGUCGAUUAGGGACGAUUUGCAAAUUCCUUCAUCGCCAUACUUUCCAGUUAAGGCGCAAGGGUCACUGGCUCCAAUGGUUCACGAGCAAUUUAUGAGUGCCGUCGGCCAGCUUCUUCAAUAUAGGAUAAUACGAUGCGGUGGAUCUGUGGAGGAUGACAUGGCAAACAUAAUUGUAGCUCAGUUGCUCUAUCUGGAUGCUGUGGAUCCCACUAAGGAUAUAGUCAUGUAUGUGAACUCUCCAGGAGGAUCGGUUACUGCUGGUAUGGCAAUAUUUGACACAAUGAAGCAUAUUCGGGCAGAUGUCUCAACUGUAUGUGUCGGACUUGCAGCUAGCAUGGGAGCUUUUAUUCUUGGUGCUGGUACUAAAGGUAAAAGAUAUAGCCUACCAAAUACGAGAAUAAUGAUCCAUCAGCCUUUAGGUCAAGUACAAGGUCGGCAGGCGGACAUAGAAGUUCAGGCUACUGAAAUGUUGCAUCACAAAUCGGUUUUAGCCAGUUAUUUAGCCUACCAGACGGGCCAAAGCCUAGAGAAAAUCAACAAAGACACUGAACUCGAUUUCUUCAUGAGUGCUACAGAAGCCAAAGAGUAUGGGCUCAUAGAUGCUGUCAUCUCAAACCCUCUUAAAGCCCUACAACCACUUGCAGCAGCUUAAUGAACUUUCUUGAUAAGUCUUUUGAGUGGCACGUGAUUUGAAUUUCUAAGGUGUGAUCAGUUUUCAGUCUCAGUUGUGGUUGUUUUGAGUUGUUCCCAACUGUUUCUUACAAACAUCCGAGUUUAUUGAAGAACUUUUCGUAGCGAAUUUAAAUUUAUUUGGCCUGUUGAUUGAGAAUUUCUAACAUUCACUGUGUGAGAUGAAAGCGUUUGAUAAAUUCACUUUGGGCACUAUCCUGCGAUUCUCUCGUGUUGUUAGGUUAACUUUGG